AAUCAGUGUUUAGAAACUUGAUCAUUUGUUGUUUUCCUGUCAGCUCCACUGGACCCACUGCAGUAAACGAGCUUUGGCACGUUUGCAUGGCGCGUCCCGCCCAGAUGUUUUAUGUGUGACCAGUGCACCCUGUAUACUCACUAUGCGCGGGUGGAGCUAUCUUGCAGCUGUGUGUUUACUUUUCAUAUCUGCCAAUAAACAGGACUCAUGGAUCACGGAUGGCUCAGAGUAUGGCAGAACGCUCAUUACGCACAAGCGCUCCCCAAGUGGGGCUGUUUACAGAGGAGGCCUUUUCAUGUGGUUUCUACGUGCCACCACUGCCCAUGGGUGGGUCUCGUUCCGAGUCCGUUUUUGGACGGUGAUGUUGUACUUGUGUUUUCCACGAGGCAGAGCAAAAGGGGAGCUCUGUUCUGCGCAGGGGAAAUGGGCGGACUCCUUGGAAAGUUUGGAUGGAGUGACUGAAAAAAUAGAGGGGGUGUGGCAAUGCUAGGAAGGAGAGGACCACCAAGAGGGGCACACAAAUGUUGUAGAGGGGUGAAGCUGCUCCUGGACCGCUCCUGAGAUUUGAUCCACGGCAACGGGCGAAAAAACAAAACCCUGGGGCAGUUGAAAAUGGCGUACCUGCUCAUGUUUGUGACCCUGCUACACCUCAUCACGCUGGCAAUGCUGUUCAUUGCGACCAUGGAGAAGUCCUGGUGGGAGUGGGAAGGCCUGGAGAACUCAGACCUGUGGUACAACUGCAGGUUCGACAACUUCACAACGAGCUGGCUGUGCGCGUCCUCCAAAGAAACUGAGUGGCUCCAGGCAGUGCAGGUCCUGAUGGUUCUCUCGGUGGUCUUCUCCUCCGUCUCCUUCCUGGUGUUCCUGGGUCAACUGUUCACCAUGUCCAAGGGCGGACUCUUCUACUUCACCGGGCUGUGUCAGAUCUUUGCAGGGCUGACGGCCUUCUCUGCAGCUCUCAUCUACACGUUACACAAUAAGGAAAUCCUCCAGGACUCCAGAGAGCUGACUUCAGGACACUUUGGCUACUGCUUCAUCCUGGCCUGGGUGUGUGUCCCCUUGCUGCUGUGUAGCGGGAUCAUAUACAUCCACUUGCGUAAGAAAGAGUGACCAGAAAAAAAGGAAAACAACGUCAAGAGCGGAAUUGGAAAAUAAAUAAACAAAUGAAGUGAUCUGACAUUUUGUUAAUCAGUUAUUACAAAGAAGUCUUUUGCUCCUGUCACGUUUGCUUUGCUUCGGAUAAUGUGAUUGUGUUUUUGAAUGGCGGAUACAUGGUGGGUGGAAGAAUUGCCAAAAAGAUAAUGUCAGGUCAAUAUAUAAUGCUCACCUUCUG